AUGCUAGUGUCUAAUGUCAAGAAGUUUUACCCGGCGCAAAUGCCUGCGAGACUUGGCUUUAAAGGAUUUCUGGUACAAGAAGGUAAAAAUGAACCAUACUUAAUUAUUGGCCCUGAAACGAAGGAAUUACAGCUUCAACUACUCGCGAGUAUGCCCUUGGAUUUACCAGGAGACUCAAGUCUUCUAGAAGACAACAUCAAGGAAGUCAAAGAAGCUGUCAACUCUGGAGUUAUAAUAGCGGAAGAAGUUCCACAGCCAUCAGCCUCGACAUUAAGAUCAAAACGUGCUGCACCACCGUACCUUCCCCAGCAAUGGUUUCUGAACCGUAAAAUACGAGAAUGCAAUAAUUGCUACAACUAUGCAAAUAACGUUCGGACAUACACUUUUGCCCAACCAGGGGAGGCAACAGGGACCCCCUUUCAGUUGAAUAAUCCCCCGUCUGUGCAGGCUUCUGCAGUAAGUGAUAACUUAGCUGUUUUGGCUCCGAAUCCGCCUCAGCCUCUUGUCCUUCCGAACCCAGGACCAAAUCAGCACUACGUAGCUCUCGUCGUUGAUCCAGGUAAACAAUAGCUGCUAACACAUUUUUCAAUCAACCAGCACUAUAACAAUGGAUCGCAGUUUGUUUCGCCCCGUGUAAGAAUCCGGAAUCCUGAAUCCGGGAUAUGUUUGCUUGCAGAAUCCACGUUCCGGGAAAUUUUUGCUUGUGGAAUCCGGAAUUCGUGGGUUUUGGAAUCCGGAAUCCCGUUUACAACGAGAGCCGGAAACCAAGUUUCACUGACAAGGAAUCCGAAAUCCACAGCGUGGAGCCCAGGGCUCGGUUGCAUAAAACUUGCACUCAAGUACUCACUUAAGUAGGUCACUUACGUAUCCGUUAUGGGUACACUCACAGGUGUUGCAUGGAACGCAUGCACUUAUCACUCUCGUUAAGUUUCUGUUUUAAGUGGCCGGACUUACUGGCUCACAAGUUUUAUAUCAACAGAAGAAAGUGUUUCAUCAUUUGAAAAAAAAAAAAUUCAACCAUGAAACGAACCUUCGACAUAAAAAUACUUUUUGGAGGUUAACAAAGCGCAUUACAAAAGAAAUUACGUAAAGAAAAACCUUUUUUUCUCUUCUCAGCAAAAGAUUUAGAUCUCGUUAACUUUAGUAAACACAGUAAGGAUACUUGACUUACAUAGGUCCCAUAAAUUUACGUGCUAUUUUUCCCGUAAAAAAAGUUUUAUACAACAUCCGCAAUUUUUGCUGUAUAACCGACACUUAGUGAACACUUACGAAAAUCGUAAGUGCAACCACUUAAGUGAUUUAACGCAACUCACUUAAGUUACGACUACAAGUACGUAUACCCGUAACUGUUACGGGUGUUUUGUGUAACCGGGCCCUGGAAUUAUACCUUACAUGGGGCGAUUCAAAUUUUUUCAGUCUAGACCAAACCAUUUGCUACGGAACUUGGAUUUGUGACACCUUGUUCUUUUUUUCGUUUUCUUUCACCUUUAACUUCAGGUGCACCAAAUCGAAGGGGAGAUUUCCAUUGGUACCGUCGAGAUGGGGAAUUCAACAACCGCAGAUGGUCUCACAAGCCCGGCGAAACCAUACCAACCAACAAAGAUAACAACGGCCAUUAUAUAACUGAUCCAAGGCUAGCAGCUAUGGGCCACUACCAGUUUGUUGCUUUCAUGACAACUAACCCAAAUGCCGUUAACAUUAAUAACGGCGUAUAUCCGGCUGGAUGCGACCCAAACCAAGGCUAG